AUGCUAUUAUUAUUCAUCACGGAACAUAAAAUUCAAUUGUCAAUUGAUCUCAUUUUUGAACUACUAUCAAAAAAUCUCAAAAUUAAAUCAGUCGAUCGUAUUAUACAUUUAAUAAUACAUCAUACGGAGUUAUUAUUACUAAUACAAAUUUUUGAAUCGGCAAUAGAAGUCGUAGAUGAACAAACAUUACGACAGGUAUGUAUCACACCUUUUGGUAUAUAUGAUAAUAAUAUUCAUUCGUCUGAUCAAUUUUAUACACUUUUAUUGAAAGAAAAUUUCUUUUAUCAACUACCGUCAGGUGAAACUGAGAUCAAAGAUGAUUUUAAAUUAACGUGUAGUGAUGAUCCAUUUUUAGAGAAUUGUUUAAUGAAUUUAAUUGAAAUGAUUGUCAAUUCAAAAAUAAUGAAUAGUUGCACAAAUAUUAAUCAUUUACUAUUUAUAUGUAGUCGUAUUUGUCAAAAUAUAUUAAACUUACUACAAUAUGGUGUGAAUAAUCUUGAAAAAUUACGAUCAUUUUGUAGUUUAAUUCGAUGUAUUAGUUCAUCGGUCAUCGACAAUGAUAAUGCAUUAUCCGUGUUACAACAAACGUUCAAUUACGAUUUUGAAUGUAUAUUUUAG